GGAGGGUGGAAAUAGAGGUCCGAGAGAGCCGAGGGUGGGGACCUGGGGAAGCUCAGAUAGGAGUUCGAGGAAGCUCAGAGUGUGGAGUCCUAGAAGAUCCAGAGUGUGGGCGUCUAAGGGAUUCAAGAAGGAAAGAAGGUUUGAGAGGAGUCAGGUCAGGGCUCUAGGUCCAAGGGUGCUGCAGCGAAGGGGCGCUCUGGAAGAGAAGUCUGAGGGGGUCCAGGGUGGGGGGAUUCAAGGAGUCACAGUGGAUGCGUUAGAGGAGACUCAGGGGGCACAAGAGUGUUAGGAAUGGGGCAUUUGAAAGGGCUUGAGGCGGAAGGAGGGUCCAUAAGGACCCUGAAUGUUCUUAGGGAACGAGGCUUAUGGUAGCAGAUCUGAAGUUGUUAGGAUAGGGUCUCAAACUAAGGUGUUUAAAGGGGUCCUGGGAUGCAGUCCUGGAGGCUUGUGUGGAGCUCGUGAGAAAGGCUCUCAGUGGAGUCAGAGGAUGUUCUCUGUGAAAGGUUUGAGAAAACAAAUAUAUAUAGUUUGAUAGGCCCUUGGCGGAUGGAUUUUGGGACUGGGUGCGUGGACUUGGUGUCGAUGGAGGAUCAGGACUCCAGGGUCCCAGCCCUGGAAACAUUCAGGGUGGAGCAGGCACCACCUGUAAUCUACUAUGUCCCCGACUUCAUCUCCAAGGAAGAAGAGGAGUAUUUACUGCGACAGGUCUUCAAUGCCCCAAAGCCCAAGUGGACCCAGCUCUCCGGAAGGAAGUUACAAAACUGGGGUGGGCUCCCCCAUCCCCGGGGCAUGGUUCCUGAGCGGCUGCCCCUGUGGCUCCAGCGCUACGUGGACAAAGUGUCUGACCUCAGUCUUUUUGGGGGUCUCCCAGCCAACCACGUCCUUGUGAACCAGUAUCUGCCUGGGGAGGGCAUCAUGCCCCACGAGGAUGGGCCACUCUACUACCCGACCGUCAGCACCAUCAGCCUGGGCUCCCACACCAUUCUGGACCUCUACGAGCCGCGGCAGCCAAAGGAUGAUGACCCUACAGAGCAGGUGGGCCCUGGGACACUCCCCAAGCCACUCGUGGGCACUCUGCCAUGCUCAUCUUCCAAGAGGCCCCAAUCCCACCUGCCUACUCUCCCAGACACCCAACCCAUCUGCUUGCAGGAUGCCCUAGAAAUCUCGAUAUCCACAGACACCCCAACACCCCCAACUACUGAUCCCCUGGCCCCACACAUUCAGAGUGCUCCACUAGCCCAAGGUCCACAUUCCCUAUGCAGGGCUCCCCAAUACUCCAAAAACACUGAUAUCCGUAGAUAGCCCAAUAUCAUUCCCUCGUGGGUAUCCCUGACAUCUUUUCAGAUAUUCUCUCUCUUGCCCACUGCACAAGGAACCCCAACACUGACCUCUCUGCCACUCCAAUAAUGUGAUCUGCCAUUUAGGUCACACCCAGAUUCUCCUUGGCACCUCAACCCAUGACUUCCUGCUCAAGGACCACCCCCAUAUAGCCUGACUGUCCUCUGUGAGGGUUGCUCAUGACUGCAGCUUCCCUGACUUCUUUCUCUGAAUGAUGCGUUUCUGACACCCCAAUGUUCACAGAAACCCCCCUAGACACUCUGGGACUUCCCUUUUUAGUACUGUAUGCUCCUGGAUACCCCAGACACCCCCAUCUUCUCUGCCUGUAUCUUCAGAUAUCCUGAUGUCUGCAGAUUAACCCCCAGACCAUACCCGAUUAUCUCUGCCUCACUCUGUCCCCCAUGCCCCCAAUUCCUGGCUUCUGUCAAGCCCUCAACCCAGUUCCACUCAGCCCUGGGACCGCUGAUCCCUCUGUCCCAUCCCCAGCCCUUUGGAGAUCGCAUCUGCAGUUCCCUUAGACGCUCCCAGCUGCAGCCUAGUUCCUGCCUCUCCAGAGGGACUUCUAACCGCCCCCCGCCCCCCGCCCACCCCAUUCCUCAUAGCCUUGGCUCUGGCACCCGCAGAUUUUCACUCCAAAGCUCAAAUCCUGGGAGCACACUUGUCUCAGUUAUUGCCUCUGGGGAGUCUCUGACUCCCAAAGUCUGCUAACUCCCCGCCCCCACCCCCA